AAGAGGACAGAGAGCACUCAGCCUCCGUGGUUCUGUCUGGGUUUUCAAAGCCGUUAAAGUUUAAGAAGAAACUUGCAGAUUACUUAUUCAUUCCUGCGCUCAUCACAUGGAAUAUAAAGAACAUUUAAAGCCCUUCAGAGGAUACAGAAUAAAAGGUACACUUCCGCUGCAUUUUACAUAGCUCUUGGUAGGAGUGCUUUCUGUGCUGGGAUUAUGGCAUCUGUUCCAUCGGCUGGUUGCCUUUUAGCAAGAAAUCAGUUUUACAGAGUUCGCAUGAAUUCAGAGUCCAGUGACUCUUCCAUUGGUUCAGAUGUGGGACUUCCAAUGGAUCAUGAGAAGUCAGCUCAAGGUUUGCCUGAGCUGACUGAGAAAUGUUGGUGGCUGAAAAACUUCUACUCUGAACAAGUCCCGUCUUCUUCAAUCCACAUAAAUAUAUCUGCUAACAAGAACCACAGCUGACUCAAACCGUAAAUGCAGCAGAUGAUAUGAAUCUUUGCAACACUGCUAAAAAUGAUCACUUCCCACGUCAUCCUUGCCACGCUCCCAUGCUACUACCUGCACGUACUUCACUCUAUGUAGUCUGGAGUGAAUGAGAAUCAAUACAGCGAACGUUUAAUUCUAUGUUUCAUAUCACUUCAUUUCCUUUCUUUAAGUAUAUCAUGAGGAUCAGCAGUCAAUUAUAAAAAUAUUGAAUUUGUACUUAGACGCACAUUAAUGUACAUUAACGAAAAUUCAAACGAAUUACCACAAAGAUCCUAAAUGUGCAAUGAAGUAAUAAGUGGCUUGAUUCUAGUUAUGCUGUUGAAUGAGCACUAUUAUUUUCAAUUGUAUUCUCCCAGUAUUCAGCAUUAUGUAUAUUUCAUUAUUCAAAUUAUGUAUAAUAUUCACAAAGCUAAAGAUACGUAUUACAAUGCAAUUGCAGACAGAAACUUACUGGAGCUGGCAGUUGACAUUUGACAAGAGAACAUUCUGUGCUGUGAUUGACAGUUGACUACCUAUUGGUUCCAGUUCUAUCCCCCUUAAAUACACAGACAUGCUCAACUGAAAGGGCACUACAUUUAUCAAUUAGGGCUUUGAUUCACGUCGGUGAGAAAAAAUUUACUUUUUUCUUUAAAAAACGAUAACACAUCUAUAAAACGUAAUUUAUUUUAGCAGAUUUAUAAUAUAACAUUUCUCCAAAUCUUAAAAAAAUAUAAUUAUAGUUUUAAUCCCCCCCAAGCAUUGUGCUCAUGUAAAUUAAUGGCCUAGUAAAUCCAGGACAUUCUGAAUGAUUAAAUAAUAUGGAACAUGGGCUUGUGAUGAGAUAACAUCCAAACAACAACCAAAAUAUUAUGUUACUUUGUGGAUAGUUCUCUAAAGGUAAUACAUAUUGAUUCAUAGUCAACUGUUAAAGUCAAAUACAUUAUAAAAAGGAUGUUAUAUGUUGCUUUGUUUAAUUUAAAUAAUUAAGGAAGUGUUUUUUGAUUAAAAAAAAUAUUUUUGUGGAAAUUGCAGUGAUCAUAAUGUGCUUUUGGUCACUUUCUAUUAUUCCUAAACACUACUGACAAUACGGAGAUGAUGUCACUGACAACUAUUUCCCCCAAAGAAAAAACACACCAUGUGUAGCUGCCUUUAUAGUUUGAUAUGUCCAAGUGGAAUACUGCUGAACUAAUGUGCCUAUAAAUAAUGUGUAGCAUAUAUCAUGUCUUGUAUGAAUGUGUGUUUAUUUUUUAAAGGUUUGGCAAAUAUAUCCAUAUUCUUCAUGGAUUCCUAUUAUAUUUUCUACUGUUUAUAUCUAAUAAAACAAUGAAAAAUA